AAUUCGAGGAAACCUCCACGCAGCCAUACCAUCCCAACCCAAGUCGUCAACCAUACCCCUGAUUGAGUGGCAAAGCAGAGUUUCUGUUCGUUCUUGUCAAAAUGAAGCGGAUUGCUCCUGUGCGCCCGGGUGGUGCGAAGGAAGGCGCGGCUUCGUCUCCAGCCCCACAAGCUUCUGCCUCGGUGGGCAAUCCUGGCUCUGCAGCUCUUUCGGAACAGCAGCAAACCCCCGGAGACAAGGAUCCGUCACCCAGUUUUUUGUCGAAUCAAAUCCGGGACAUAUUUGCAUCUUACGAGCAAUACAUCGACUACAAGUGCGACCACGUUGCCCUGAACGAGCGGGAGACAAGAUGGGACCCUGACUUCCUCAAUAAGGGAUCCGGCGCGCACAUGCAGCACAAGCACGCGGAGAAUGCGUCCAUGUUGCAGGAGCUUCUCAACGUGAAAAGGCAUCCUCUGAGCGACUUCUAUCCUCUUCCGCUAGAGGCCAUGAAACGCAGAUCAGACAGAGACGGCCCCCCAUACACUGAAGUCGAUUUCCUCGACCAACUGGGCUCCCUCUCAGACCCGCCAGAGGGCAGCCGCAAAACGAGGGCGGUCCUCGAAAUCGACAGCUACACGUCCAUUGUUGAGGCCGAGAGGGAGCAGCCGUUCCUCAUCGGCCUUCUUCAGCCCUUGCCUUCGGGCCUUGAGGUUGUUUUGUCAAUCGAUAACUGGAGAGUGAAGUGCAACUGCUCCACCGACGCCUUGCUGCUCAAGGGAGUCUUGCCGCCUCUCCCAGCCGGCCGCCACUUUCUCUCGAUCUGCACGCGGUCCGGCUACCCCCUCGCUCUCCUUCUUCGGUCUUCGCAGACAGACAAGAAAGACAGGAAGGACAAAGACGAGUUCAAACGAGUCUCACCUGUCUUCAACAUCCCCUUCGUCGUCGUGCGUGCUCCUCGGCGGCGUCAGGACCCCCCACUUUGCUACAGCACUCUCAAACCGCGACACGAAACCACUUUGCCCGCGACCGGCCCGUACACCACGGCGGAUCUCGACGCAUUGGUCGCGACCUCAGGCGUGAUGAUCGGAACCAAUCGCGUUGGAAUUCCGCGAACGCGAAAAAGCGGCUUAAUUGUCGGGCCCAACGGGCGCCUGGUGGCAGAACCUAAGGGCCAGGACUUCACAGCACGUCUUGCGGAGUGUCUAGACAGUGCGACGAAGCCGAAAAACGUCCCCGUGUUCGGCGACCCGGAGAUAGUUUUGGCCGAUUCAGCGUACACCUGUGACGUCCGGAUUCCUCUUCCUUUCAAGAUCUCGCUGUUCAACUCAUGCGCAGCGACGUCACGGCUCUCGAUUGCCUGUUUCCACUCUCGGGUCUUUGUGUUCGAGCCGUACGGCGUCUUGUCUGCUCACAUCUUCACGAAAUCUUGCUACAGCGACAUCUACACCAUUUUCGGUUUCACCCUCUCUCCAACUGAGGCAGCGCCUCACGCGUCCGCUUCAUUUCGCAAUCGAGCUCGGGCCUCGUACAUUCCAGGCCUUGACCGAUUUGAGGCAACAGAACGUCUGUGUGCAGACACGCGAUUCUGGCGUUACGUGGAUGGAUGCGUUCCGUGCAAAAACGACGUUGCAGCCAAGUUCAUGAUUGAAGACUUCGAGCGAGUGGAGUGUCCGGUGCCGCCUAUGCUCCGCCACGCGAGAAAUCCUUACGCGGAUUACCCCGAGGGCCUUGAAAUCGCCCCGGGAGUGUCGCUUUUUUUCGAGCCGUGGCCCGAAGACGUGUUGCCUGUUCCCAAGAGAUUCGCGGGAGAUGAAUUUCGUCCAGUCUCUACAGCCGCUGCUAUGCAAGCUGUUGAAGCGGUGUUGUCUCAGAAGGGCAAGGCGCCCGGAGCGUCGGCACCCAAAGAAGAAAGCAAAUCGUCUCGCGAGGGCCACAACUCGCUGAAAGUGGAACCGCAGUUCUUCUCUGUCACUCUCUGCGUCGGAAAAUACAUCUUCAACUCCGUCGUGGGCGUGGAAGCCAGUGUGCUCGAGUUCAUUGUCAACCGGUGGCUUCGUCUCGUGCCUGAAAAGAAGACGGCGACGAUCGCGACGGAACCCGCCGACUCAGGCAUAACCGAACAAGCCAUCAGCCGGAAACAGUAGUUACACAACCGCUUAACAUGCAUCUGCUUCUGUGAGUAUCUAGCCGUGUCUGCAGAUCUACGAAUGUGCAUACUUCUGUGUUUGGGGUUGCUGAAGAGGCGUGUAUUCCAGGACAUGUAUUAGGCGCAGGUGUAAAAACGAAACCAAGGACAGAGCCCAAAGAUCUCCUGUUCGUGCAGUAUUAUGAUUAGCCAUUCAGGCGCCCAACACAUUAAACAUCUUAGUACAUGGAGGAGUAGCAAUCAUAAUUUUCACAGCUGACCAGAAACUUCCUGACAAUAAGCAGUCAUCACGUGGUGGGUCUGGACGCGCAGCCCGCCUGCACUGUUCCAUGGAAAAGAGCUGAUUGGGACAUGACUUGGAAGCUUGCAUGAGGUUUUGCAUUGCUGUCGAGAAACAGACAGAGAGGGCGCCAAAAGCACGCCUGGCUUCUUCCGGAAAGUCUAAGAGUGUCAAGUUUUUUUCGCGUUUUCAUUUGAAGGCCAGGCACUCUUUAGUCGCUUAAGAUGGACAAAGGGAAAAAACAAACAGGAGGCGAUUUCGA